AUGGGUGUGGCCAGAGAUGCUUUUGAGGGUGGAGCUUCUCAUAGCGCUAAAACUGCCACACCAAAAACCACAAACAAGGAUCUACUACGGAUGUGUUCGAACAACAACAAAAGCCCAUCAGCAAUCUGCCAAGUCCAGUUAGACUGCUAUUAUUUAGAGCAAAGAAAGAUUAACCGAGCCGAGGCUUGGAAGAAGCGCUGGUUUAUCCUGCGUAGCGGGCGCAUGAGCGGAGACCCGGAUGUACUUGAGUACUACAAGAAUGACCAUGCCAAAAAGCCCAUUCGCAUCAUUGACCUGCACUGCUGCGAGCAGGUGGACGCCGGCCUCACCUUUAAACGCAAAGAGUUCCAGGACAGCUUUGUGUUCGACAUCAAGACGGCCGAGAGAACCUUCUACAUGGUGGCAGAAACGGAGGAGGAGAUGAACCGCUGGGUGCGCUCCAUCUGCCAGCUGUGUGGAUUCAACCAGUCAGAGGACAGCCAUCACGAUGACAGAUCGUCAACCACCCACAUUUCCCGAUCCUUGGCUAAUGAUCUGGGUGGCUCUCUGGCCCCGCUGAUUGGUGAACGUAAAACGUCUGUUCCUGCCCACUCCAGCCAGCCAAUGCUGUUCACAUUCGACAUACCUGUACGCCACUCCCAUAGUUCGCUGUCUAAUAGUGCUCCUCAGGACUACCUCUUCCUCCAUCAGUGCAUGAGCCGCAAGAGUGAGAGUGCACGGAGUGCCAGUUUCUCGCAGGCCUCGCGCAGCAGUCUUCUGAUGGGCAGUGACUCGGCGGUUCAGAGACUCACGCAUGGUUUCUCUCACUGUCUGAACGGCAUGGGCGCCCAGCUUCACGGUUUCUACAGCCUUCCCAAACCCAGCAAGCAUCAGCAGCCCCCUUUGCGGACUGACUCGCGUGACGCUUGCUAUGUUCUGCCCAGGGGUUACAGCUCAGAAGGGGCGUCAGAGCUUGAAUCAGAUGAUGUCUACACCUUUAAAACCCCCAAUAACACUCUAGCAGCCCCCCAAACCAGUGAGCAGCGGGCCCUCGAUAACUAUGAUUUACCCAGCAUUCCUGGCUCCGUCUACCAGAUCCCCCGCACGUUUGAUAAGAACCACAAUGCCCUGAUGCCAUCCAGUGCCGACUCCACAAAUGCGCCUCCUCCCAGACCUCCCAAACCCAGCCAGGGCUCAGAGACACAGUGGGGCAGCCCGCUGUCCGUGGGGGCUCAAAAUGGAGAGGUCGCCACAGUGUCCGUCAUCCCCAGGAGGAACACACUGCCGGCGGUGGAGAACAUCAAGCUUCACAGAGGAUCCUCUUUUGAGACCAACAGUCACCAAAGGCCAGUCUAUUUCAACAAUUCUGGUCAGUCAGUGGAGUCUGUAAAUGAUGGCUUCAGCUCAUACCUGAGAACUAAAGCCCCAUUGACCCGCUCCGAUAGUGCCGGCUCUGAGGAUAACUACGUACCCAUGAAUCCCGGCUCGUCCUCCUCCCCUCUCAGUGCCGCCCUGGCUGACAGUCCUAAAAAUAAUUAUAUUCCCAUGAGCCCAGGUCCUCACCAUUUUGAUUUCCCAGGAUUUUCAGCAACUUUGCCAGCCAGGAAGGGCAGUACAGCAUCACUAUGUCUCCGGCCCGGCCGACUCAGUGACGUCACACCACCACCGAUCAACCGCAACCUUAAACCCAACCGGACGUCAAAACCAACACCUCUUGACUUAAGGAACAAUGGCAUCAUUGAUGAACUUCCCUUCAAGAGCCCCAUCACCAUGUCUUGGAUCAGACCAACGCCUGUGAACUCCAUCUCGUCGCAGCCCUGUCGGCCCAUUUCAACCCAGAGCAUCACCAGCACUGAUUCUGCAGACAGUGAGGAGAAUUAUGUGGCAAUGCAAAACCCAGUGUCUACCUCCCCGGCGAUGAGUGGUACCAGCAGUCCUGCGCCCAGGAAUUGUGGUAAUGUGGACUAUUUGGCCCUGGACUUUCAGCCUGGCUCCCCUGGUCCACACAGAAAGCCGUCCACCUCUUCAGUGACCUCAGAUGAAAAAGUGGACUACGUCCAAGUGGACAAAGAGAAGACACAGGCCCUUCAGAACACCAUGCAGGAGUGGACAGAUGUGCGACAGUCAAGCGAGCCGGCUAAAGGCAUCAAGUCCUGAUGAUUUUCAAAUGUUCACACUGAAUGUGUUCCUCCCUGUCACUCAAAAUGCUCUUUUACUGUUACACCAUGAUAUAAACUGAUUUACCUGUGACAAAAUAGCGAAUGAAACACCAACUAAAGCCAUAGAUCCACUUCAUUUGGUCUUUUUUAGGACAAAAAACUCCACUGAACCUCCUAGACUGUCUUGCCAUGCAUGUUAGACAUGUUUAACUUUUCAAAGUGCAGUGCAACCAAACUUUAGCUACUUGCUCUCUCUCUGAGUGUGAUCGAAGAACGAUAAGCAGUGAAUGUUUAAAUCUAGUUAUAGGUGAUGUGUGCAUUUUUUUUUACAAUGUUAAAAUACUUU